AUGGAGGCCCGUCUCCUCGCGCUGGCCCAGGAGAACGAGCGCCUGCGCGCCCAGCUCGAAAGGGGCGCCUCCGCCGCCAACUUGUCCAUCUUCGACCUGCCGCACGCCGGCGCGUUGGCCCCGGGCGGCUGCGCGCAGAUGUUCGACCAGGCGGCGCUGCAGAAGCUGCAGGUGGGCCGGAUUCAUCGGCCCUCCCCCACCGUACCCCAGAGCUCGACGGAAAGCCGCAGCGGGCUAGCUAGCCCGCCCCGCGAGCAAAACCACAAUAAUCAGCCCCCGCCGAUUGCCCCUCAUCCUCGAUCUCCUUGCCCGGCCGGCUCGUCGUCAAUGUCGUCGGUGUCGCUGUCAAUUUCCGGCAGUUCGAAAUCUGACUCGGAAAGCCACUCCUCCGCCUCGCUGUCCCCGAUGGAGUCGAGCGGCCAACAACCCGAGGGUAGCAGAAAGCAGCAAUACAUGGAACGUCGCCGCCGAAAUAACGAGGCCGCCAAGCGCUGCCGCGCCAACCGGCGCGCCGUCUUCGAGUAUCGCAGCCAUCGCGUUGAGGUACUCGAGGCCGAGAACCACGACCUGAAGAAGGAGAUUGACGACCUGAAACGGGAAAUCGAACGCUGUCGCAACCUAAUCACCCAACGCGACCAGCUG